GUUUUAUCGCUCAAACAACAUAUUUUUGCCGCGUAGCACUCAAAGCAAAGGGGGUUCAAACGGUAAAGGCUUGAUUUUUCCUAUGUGUUCACAAUUGGUGAAGGGGCGUCUUGCAGCGCUUUGUAAGCGCUACUACGAUAUCGAAAGUCGUAUCAAUAUACUGCAAGAGGGACUCAAGGUUCUCGCCUCACCUGUGAGGUCGGAGGGAGUAGCAGGAGCGGUAGGCACUCCUCAUGCCUCAGAGGGCGUACCAGAGGUCAAAUGUGCUGCGGGGCACGUCGACCCUUCGACGAUUGCUGCCCUGCAACCCUGUGAGGAGGACGUUCCCAGGGUGGCAGAGCUCCGCCGCUGGUGCCUCGACAAUAAAUUAUACUCAGCCAUCUUCAAAUGGGUUCCUUCGGAUUACUAUAGCCAUACCUUGACGUGGCGACGUGACGUGCUGAAUGCCCCGACCAUUGCUUAUCUGUGUAAGACCAUCGUUUUGACGAACACACACUGUGUGCAUACGGACUGUUCUAUUCGUGAGAAUUCUAGACAUUAUCUGCUCGUGUGCCAGUACGUGGAGCGCUUUGAUACGGAUCUUGUCAUGCGAUAUAUCAGAGAUCUCAACCCCACUCUUGGGAAGAAGAAAUUCAACUUCAAGCUUGCUAAUCCAGAGGAAUCGUUGGAGCUAACGGGAUAUCCCUCUGGGGCUGUGGUUCCCUUUGGUACACGACACAAAAUUCCCGUCAUACUGAGCGCCAGCAUCGCAAAGCUCGAGCCGAGGUUUUUUUGGAUCGGUGGCGGUCAUGUCCAUUGCAAGGCCCGUGUUGACCUUGACGAAUUUUUGAAGGUGAUGAACCCCAUAAUCGCACCCGUCACGGAGCCGUUGAGCCCGGAAGAGCUGUUGAACAUAAUAGAUUGAGUACGACUAGUCGUUUUAUUCUUUGGAUUUAUCGGUUAUCUCUAUGAAAUAUAAUGAGGCUGAUGGAGAUGCUAAAAGAAGCAGGAGAGAAAUGAUGGGGGAGGGGUAGGAUGAAUUCUUGCAUUAUAAGGCAUCUUUUGUGCUUCGAAAAUGUGUCCCAAUUCCUGUAUCGCAUGGUACUUUAAACCCUUAUUCGCGUGGGUACAAAAAAAUGGAGUGACUUGUUCUUUCUUGCGUAACAAAAAUGAAACAAAACGUACUCUAUAAUGGGUUGGCAAUCAGGAGCGUUAUCAUAAUGUUUUUGGUGCUUGUUCACCACCUAGAAAA